AUGUUGGUUUCACAGAGAAAAGUGGAUUAUGGGGUAUACAACACCUGGCAUUCUAUUCAUUUGCUUUUGCCCACCUUCCAAGGUAACGUUGUUUUGUUGUUAGACCACCUUCUAUUAAAUUGCACUGUUCUACACAUUUCUCCCUGGAUCAUCUGUUCCACAGGAUAUUCUUAUAGGAGGCAUAUGUUCCUCAGAAGUGAUCAGCAUCGCGGGGUAAGGGAACGAGUGGCAGGCGGUGCGAAGACCACUGGUCCCGGAUGUCCAAAAUUGUCCCCUGGUCGUAACGCGUUAGAGAACAAUCAUGAAUUUUCUGCUUUCGUUGACCGUAUGAAAGCGAUUAAUUAUUCCUUUGCUACAAAAAAGAAAAGGGGCACUGAAGUUGAGAUAAUCACCAUCCCUAACAUAGUUUGUGAUGGUGAGGCUAGUGAGGAGGAACUGGCGGAACACUUUGAAGCGGAGUCGAGGUGGCUCGAUUGCUGCUUGCGUGAAUUUACGCAUCGGAGAGGGAGGUAUGGUUCGGUAAGUUUCCUUCUUGUGCGCAUCAUAAUAGUUUUAACCUUCCUGCUCCCCGCACUGUGGUAUUUUUGGCCGUUGUGGGAAGUACUUAUUGACGUAGAGUCAGAGUUGCAUUAUAGUAUACUGGGAAUACCUCAAGGAUCUGAUGCCAGAGCGAUUAAACGAGCUUACAGAGAGGCUGUGAGACGUUGGCACCCUGAUCGGAACCCCAACUGCGACUCAUGCCGUGUACAUAUGAUGAAGAUUCAGCAUGCACACGAUGUUUUACUCGCUAAAGGGAGCGAAAGAUACGAGUUGGUUGAUAGGUACGGGGAGGAACUUGCCCAACUUCGCUCGUUGGUCUUUUUCCGCCUGUACAAUAUUGCUUUUUACGCAGCGCAAGAUAUAUACUACUUGAUACAAGCUUUCAAUGGUGAUGCUCACAUAAAUGGAAGUAAGGAGUUUUCAUGGUUCCUUCAGGUGAUGUGUCGGACGUUGACAAUGGGGGUAUUUACCGUCUAUGAUACCUUAUUCAUAUCCGGUUUUCGCGUCAUUGUAUUACUCCAAGUUCUUUUUUACUGUGUAUCAUGUGCCAAAUCGUCCGCAGAAGAGUGGGAAAUCAUUGGCAUGGUAAAGCGCUCUUAUGUGGACCUUUACAGGGAAGCAAUGUUUUUCGCAGGGGGGCCGCUUAUUCUUCAUUGUCUUCAGACGUAUCAAAGUGGACGGAUACUUUGCUGGGCCGAUGCAUUUGAGUUCUUUCUCCAGUUAGCUUUUGGAGUUAUAUACGUCCUGUCACAUUUGUACCACAUGACUCCAAAUCUGUUGGACAACAUUUUUAUGAAAAAAUGUUCGAUACCCUUGUCGUACAUCAAACUGCCUACCCGACGGUUGUCCUAUUUAAACUUCAUUUGCACUGAAUUUGGGCUACUGUUAGAUGAUCUGUUUGCGUUUUCGUGUAGGGUGCCGUCAGUUUAUCGUUUGACUGUUAUUGUUGUGCACACGGUUUUUCUAUGCGAAUUAUUGUGGUUUCCAUGGGAGCCACCUAUUUUGUCCGUACCGGAUCGGAAAGACAAAGGUAAAAACGUGCAUCGUGAGGAGGAAGGGAAGCAUACCGAUACGGCCCCCCACCGUGAGGUAAUGGAAGAACCACCGAGGGCAAUCUCCUCAGAAGAAAUGGCUCUCCUUAAAGGUGUUGACAAUGAGGCGGUGAACUGGUUUGACGUCGUGUCGACUAGGUUUGCGAAACAAAUGCGUAGUGCCAUUCAUCGGUGCGCACAACAACGGCGUGCUUACAUUAACUUUGAUCUGGUUCCGACGGUCAACUCCCAGGAGGUCGCUUUUGUGGCCGUUACCCGAGAACAUCCGCGUGCCCCUUCUAAGGUCGACGUACUCUUUCGUGUUAGGGAUGAGUUCGCAAAUCGCAUGCUUACCACUCUGAGACCUCCGUUGGAGCAUAUUCUCGGCGUUCGUUUAACAGAUGCCACUCACUCUGAAAUCGUUUCGAGGCACGCACGCCUAUGGGAAGAAAACAAGAGGAAGAAUCCAUCGGAUACUUGGAGACGACGAUGUACCGAUUCGGAAGUGAAGGUGUCAUUUGAUUUGCCCAUGUUGUCUGCUACGGUAAUCUCUACGAUCGUUCUGUUAUAUCAUUUCCUCUAG